AUGACGAUGCAGAAUCACCUCCGUCGCUUCUCCCUUGUCAUCCUGCUCGGCUCCACUCUCGGGAGCAGGGAUGAAAGCCCAUGUCCUGGAAGCGAUGUCAUCUUCCCCUGCAAUUGCUUGAUCGAUCUAGGACUCCGCAGCGUGACUGUGGAUUGCUCGAACGCAUUUUCUGGUGACGAGAUCUCCUACGCCUUCAACCACGGUCUCUGGCCCUCAAACCACUUCACGGAAUUUAGGAUGGUCAGGAACGAGUUCGUUCAAGAACUUCCCGAAGGAGUUUUUGCCAACGUCUCCUUCAAAAACAUUUUCAUCGAACAUUCCGCCUUAGUCAGCGUUCAUCGCACGGCCCUACUUCCCUCUAAAGAUCAACUGGAGACCAUAACCAUCGCGGAUUGCAACCUGGAGGACUUUCCCUGGGAGAUCCUCCCGGAACUCGGCUCUCUCGCCUGGCUCUUUCUCGCUGUCAACGCCCUGAACGCCGUGCCACCGCUGAACAGCUCCAGCCUGGAGUCGCUUUCGAUCGUAGGCAAUAGAAUACGCACACUCGAAUCCGGCUGGUUCCUGCCGAACAUGCAGGAUCUUUUCUUGGAUUAUCUCUCACUUCUGGCAGGUUUUCCAACCGAUGUUACCAUAGACUUCCAUUUCAACGAAAUCAGCGAAGUGAAUGAGGAAUCCUUUCGCCCCAUGCUGGAGGUCGUCUCGAAGGGGAAGGGUAGCAUCUCCGUGCAUGGGAACCCGGUGGAGUGUGACUGCAGCAUGGCCUGGGUGGUUCUUAAUCCAGACUUCCUGGCGAAAUUGAAGGGGUAUUGCUCCGAUCUGACAGAAUUUCAAGACCUCGAUCCGAACGAUUUUCAAGACUGCAUUCGUGUGGAAUCCCACGGGAAUACAGGCGAUUCCCCAAUCCCGUCCAACGAAACAGAGACAAAAUUUGAACUUCGCUCAGAAGUACGUGUUUGA